AUGCACUCUGCGAAACUGCCACUAUGGACGACGUUUACGACUCUGACGAUGCCCUUGGUGCGUCGCCUCGCCUGCAUCCUACGAAAAUCGACUACAUACCCCGUGUCACCCCUCCGCCAUUCAUCCCGUCACCCAGCCCCCCACUCAAGGAAAGUCCCGGAGACCACGACCGUAAGGAUUCUGGGCGACGGGCGCAAAAGACUCCUGCCAUCAGUUAGCGACGAGUUGAUUCUCAAAAACUUAACCAAUGCGCAACUUGCCCACGAACUUGGUCAGAUACCCCUGCCAACUGAUUCGCCGCCCGAAGCCGGCAGCCCUGAUGACUAUCGUUCUCCGGACGUAGGGAGGGGGCUACACGAAUCUUCCAUGCCAGAUAUCCUUAGAUCCCAUGCCCGACAAACAGCCCAGCAUGCGUUGGAUUUAAUUAUUGCAGAUGACCUCCCAGCAGAGUCUCAAGGGCCGCGUGGCAAAAUAGAGAGAACUUUUGGUGGAGAGAUCCGCCCACCAUCUCGACCGCCAAGUUUCCUAGAACCCCAGGCGACUGCGGCCCAACUGCCUAGCGGGAUGAUUUCAUCUCCAAUUCUGGAAUCCCAGACCCGUGGACGCGCGAAGGAAUUGGUAGCCACCUCCCCUAAUCUAAGACAAUAUACGAUAUCCACUCAAGGUCGCGAUGCUGGAGACACGCUCCCCGCGUUGCAAUCCAUUCCUGAAUCGGCCUCUGCCAAAUCACCAAAGAACAACCAAAACCUUCCGUCCAUAAAAGAUACACUCAGUGACCGCUUUGGCCCUAUAAAUGGCAUACCGCAAAGCAUAUAUUCAUCACUAUCGACUGCGUUUUCCCAGAAACCGCAAAACCCUCAAGAAUCACACAACCGUCGUCUUUCCGACCAUUACGUUCCAUCCCACCCGGCGUCAGGAGCAUCGUCAUUUCUUUCCCCAGAAAGCUUGAGGGAUAUGUCUGCUAGUCUAUCCCCAGUAGCUGGACCACCUCAACAACCAUAUUGGCAACAAACAACGGAUAAGGGCCCAUCUUAUUCUCAUUCUUCAUGUGGCCCUGGAUCGCAAUAUACAAGUAGCCCGAGUACUGGCUAUCCUACACCAAUUGACUCUCACGCAAACGUCCACUCCCAAAAUCGCCCAUAUUACUGUCCUGUAAAGGGCUGUCCGCGCUCCGAAGGCGGAAAGGGCUUCAAGCGCAAAAACGAAAUGAAACGACACGGCCUUGUCCAUGACUCGCCAGGUUAUGUAUGCCCAUUCUGCCCGGACCAACAGCAUACUUACCCGCGCCCAGAUAACUUACAGAGACAUGUUCGAGUCCACCAUAUUGAUAGGAACCGUGAAGACCCUGAAUUGAGACGAGUUCUUGCCCAGCGACCGGAGGGCGGUAUGAGAGGCAGACGACGACGAAAUGGACUUCAGCAUCAGCAGUAG